AUCAGCGGAACCCGGCUCUGCGGUUUCCGGUUCUGGAAUCAUGUCUGCCUUCAGUCACGAGCUGCUCAGCCGCCAGGCGUCACUUCCUGACUGCGCUGCGGGACCAGAACCAGAACCGCUCCAGACAUGCCGUCCCUGCAGCAGAUCCGAACCGCUCUGGACGGUUCGGGCCAGGCCCACGUCCUGCGGUUCUGGCCGGAGCUCGGUUCGGAGCAGCAGGAGGAGUUCCUGCGGGAGCUGGCCCAGCUGGACCUGCCGCGGCUGGAGGAGCACUGCCGGGCGGCCGCAGAGGCAGCAGCCGCCGCGUCCUGCGCUCCGGACCGGGACCUGGAGCCGAACCUGGAGCCGGUUCCCCCGGAGAGCAUGGGCAGCGUGAGGACGAGCGACCCGGACUGUCUGGCCGGAUGGGAGCGUGAAGGAUUCCUGCAGAUCUCCAGGAGUCGGGUCGCGGUUCUGCUCCUGGCCGGAGGUCAGGGGACGCGGCUCGGGGUCCGAUACCCCAAAGGGAUGUUCGACGUCGGACUGCCGAGCGGGAAGACGCUGUACCAGAUCCAAGCCGAGCGGAUCCUGAAGAUCCAGCAGCUGGCAGAGAACCGACUGGGGUCCAAAUGCACCGUUCCCUGGUACAUCAUGACCAGUGAGUUCACCCUGAAGCCGACCCAGACCUUCUUCCAGGAGAACGCUCACUUCGGCCUGCAGCCCUCCAACAUCGUCAUGUUCGAGCAGCGCAUGAUCCCGGCCGUGACCUUUGACGGGAAGGUCAUCCUGGAGGGCAAAGGGAAGAUCGCCAUGGCGCCAGACGGUAACGGCGGUCUGUACCAGGCGCUGGAGGACAACGGCGUCCUGGAGGACAUGGAGCGCAGAGGAGUGGAGUUCGUCCACGUCUACUGUGUGGACAACAUCCUGGUCAAGAUGGCCGACCCGCUGUUCGUUGGCUUCUGUGUGGCGAAAGGAGCCGACUGCGGCGCCAAGGUGGUGGAGAAGGCCCACCCAGCCGAGCCGGUGGGCGUGGUCUGCAGGGUGGGCGGAGUCCCUCAGGUGGUGGAGUACAGCGAGAUCCGACCCGAAACGGCCCGGCUCCGAGGAUCAGCCGGAGAACUGGUCUACAGCGCCGGAAACAUCUGCAACCACUUCUUCACCAGGAGCUUCCUGCAGGACGUGGUCGAGACGUUUAAGGACCAGCUGAAGCCUCACGUUGCUCUGAAGAAAGUCCCGUUCGUGGACUCCUGUGGGAAUCAGGUGAAACCGACCGAACCCAACGGGAUCAAGAUGGAGAAGUUUGUUUUUGACGUGUUUCCGUUCUCCAGGAGUUUGGUGGUGCUGGAGGUCCAGAGGGAGGACGAGUUCUCCCCUCUGAAGAACGCAGACGGAGCGCCAUCCGACACGCCCAGCGCGGCCAGGAACGCCCUGCUGGCCCAGCACUGCCGCUGGGCAGCGGCCGCUGGCGCCGCCCUGCUGGAUGAACAGGGGAACGGCAUCCAGAUGCUGCCCAGUUCAUCAGCAGAGAAUCAUCCGGCGCUGAAAUGUGAGAUUUCUCCUCUGGUGUCGUAUUUUGGAGAGGGCCUGGAGCUGCUGAAGGGGAAAACUAUCAGAACGCCGUUCAUCCUGGAUGGAGCAGCAGCUGCAGAGCUGCAGGCCUGAUCGGAUCAGAACCACAGAGACACCGGGCCUGGAGAACCAGUCAACCAAUCAGGGAUCAACUGAAAACUUUAUGUAAACUGUUUUUAUACCAACAAAUAAAAAGAUGAUUCAAACUGUUUAA